AUGCAUCAGUCCUAUCAGCUUCGGACACAAAUGGUACGGGAAUUGUGCCUAUUUUUUGGUCUGUUCAUGGUCCCCCUGAUUUCUGGAGCCGCCACCUUCAACCCGACCUUGAUAUGCGAACUGGUGGUCAAUGGGACCAAGAUGAACGAUCCGCGGGCCUGCAAUGCGUGGAUUCAGUGCAUCGAUGGGCAGCCAGUUGGUGGAACCUGUGGAACUGGAUUUUUCUACGACAGGGAAAGCAAGCAGUGCCAGAGUUCGGGCAGUGUAAAGUGCCUGUCCAGCGAUCCUUGCGCAGCUCUGGCCACCGGAUUUGCUGCCGACCCGUACUCCUGCAAUGGGUACUAUUACUGCAUAAAUGGCAAGGGAAACCACGGUGUGUGCCCUACGGGAAUGAACUUCAAUCCGGGGACGCAAGACUGCAUACGGGAUUAUCCGUGCUCGGAUAAAAUGGACCCGGACAGCUACUGUAACAUCCUGCCGGAUGGUGUUUUCGUCAAGGACAUGGACAACUGCAAUGGCUAUCAGAUGUGCUGGGGUGGCCAGGUGCUGAAUGGCACUUGCCCGGGCACUUUCUACUUCAACGCCGCCACGGCCGCGUGCGAUUAUCCGCAGGAUGUGGAGUGCGAUUUCACCCCAGUGCCGGAUAUCAUCGAAAAGGGAGUGUGUCCGGAAACGGGAGGAUUUAUUUCCGACAACCGGACCUGCAAUGGCUACUUCUACUGCAAGGAAAUGGGCGAUGGAGAGUUUUCCUUGGAGCAUGGCGAGUGCUCCGAUGGUAGAUUUUUCCUGGACACCGAUGGCGGUGCUUGUGUUCCCCGUUCCAAGGUGAAAUGUCCCUUCGAUCGGUGCGUGGGACUGGGCAACUCAAACAUUCAGCUGGCCAACGAGUCGGAUGACGGCUGUCGGGGAUACGCAAUCUGCCAAAAUGGCGUUGCCAUUGGCCAAGGAACCUGUCCCCAGAAGGAGUACUUCGACGAGGUCACCCAGCGCUGCACCACUCAGGCUAUAUCUUAUCCCGCCUGCCAGAUAUCGGAUCAAGCUACGACAGUAAAUGAUGACACUACCACCAAUUCGGUCUCGUGAGCCUUAAAUCAGUAAUCAGUUUUAAUUAGUCACUUUGUGCGUUUUCCAAAAACAUAAGUACAUGAAGAGCUGCUAUCGGCUCCAUUUAAAUAUAAAGUUAACAGUUCAACUCUUGCAUUGGAUUUCUCUGAAUCGAUUUGAUUUGGAAACAAUACACUAACCUACUGCCAGCACAGGUAAACAGACAAAAAUAUAAUCGAAUCACUGUAAUUUUUUUUCCCCAUAUAAUUAAAAUAACUUUAUUUUCUGAAAUUCUGAACACAUCAUCGUAGCAAAAUUCGGCAAUCCAAAGAGUGUUUUACUUUUGACAACAAAAAGUCUGUUCAUUAUUCAAAUUAUAUAACAGACUGUACAAAAUGAGGAAAACUAAUCUAAUUUGUUAACAUACCUACAUUUAUUUCACGGAAACGAAUAAAAAGAGCGUACAAAUUAGGAAAGUCUAUUAUUCUGCUGCAGAGUUCGAAAUGACGAAUAAGUGGAGCUUGGCGAUCGGUGUUCUGCUGGGUCUUCUACUCCUUUUUACUCCCAUCGACUGCCAAAAAUCAAAGGACUGUGCUCCGUAAAUGAAACCGAGGUGUACUGUCCUUGGAUGUGUCCUGAAUCAUGCGAAUAUGAUGGUAACGGAUUCUGUUUUCUGGGUUGCGGAGGUCCUUGCGUGUGUAAACCAGGAUAUAUAGUUUAUGAAAAAACUAAUGCCUGUAUUCUACGAUCUGAUUGCCCAGCAGAUUUAGUGCAAAAGAAAGGGACACGAUACGAUCUCAACUACAGAUAUAAUUAAAAUAUUAAACGAACUCUUUAAUACUAUGA